AUGAUUGAAUUAUUCUUUGAGACUUUAAAAGUCACAGAUGAUACAACUCAGAUCAAAGCAGCACUACAAAGUUUCUUUAAAGAGUUUUGUACCACCAAAGCAGACACUUCAAAAUACAUUCAAUCUUUUACCUCUGGUAUCAUCGAUCUCGUUCAAUACCUUGAAUCAGUCAACCACAACAACAAUGCCACUAUUGAUUUGGAUUCAAUCAAUCUACUUAGAAAGUCAACUAUCUCUAUUGGUUUGAUUGCUCGUUAUUCACCAUAUGCAUCAUCAUUUAAAGAACAUCUAAGAGACAUAUUUGCAAAUGUCGUAGAACCUUUAUUAUUAUUUAAGCCAACUGCUGCAUCUUCACAAUCAACAUUUGUAAACUUGUCAAAUGAAAUAUCUGCUUUAAAUAUUGAAGCAUUAAAAUGUUAUUCAAUGAUGUUACAGUCAUGUUAUGAUCAAGAAAUGAUGGAUCCAAUGAGUUUUAAAGUAAUGGAUAUUGUACAAAAGAAUCAUAUCAAGAAUAUUAAACCAAUCGAUCCAAAUACAGUUGAUUUAAAUGCACACAAUAUCCACAACUAUCUUAAUCAAAUUAUAAGCGAUUUGGUUGCUACGUUGAUUCAAGUGUCUCCUGGAUUGAUCAUUGAAAAUAAUACGUUGAUUUCCUAUUUAGUAGAUUCCUAUUUAUCUUCACCAACCUCUGCUACAGAGGAUCAAGACAACCAAGAACUCAUUAGUAUUUUGGGUCACUAUUUACAAUUGUUUAUCAUCAAGAAAUUCCAACCUACCUCCUCUUCCAAACAAACUUCUGGAUCAAUGUCAAAUGGUCAACAAGAACAAGACGAAGAACAAGAUGGAGAUGAAAAUGAUAGAGAUUACUAUAGUAAAACGGUUAUGGUUCACUCCAAGUCAAUAGAAAAGUGUCGUAAAGAGUUUGCAAAUGUCAAUCUAUUCAGAGACACUAAAGUUUUGGUAUCAGUCAUUGAAAGAAUUCAAAGCAAAUUAUUGGCUACACAAGAAGAGGUUGAUCCAUCUCUCCCAAAAGGAGGAAAGAAGAGUGGUGUAUUACCACCAACUAGUUGGAAUGAAUCCUAUAUUAUUCUACUUGGUAUCAUUUUAUCAUAUAGUUGUAUUCAUCCUACAACAGUUAAUGGAGAAUCAAAUGAUAUUAUCAACUUUAUUUUUAAUAUAUUUUUAAAUAGAAUUGAACAAUUAAAUGAUCAAUUUAAAAAUGGAGUAAUUGGUAAUACAAAUCAAUUCCAAACUGUUGAUAAGAUUUUAAAUACAUUGUCAUUUGUAUUUGCCAAUUUACCAACCUCUUCCAAUGACCAAGCUUUACAAAGCUAUUUACCAAGAUUUUUGGAUAUUUUCAUUGAUUUGUUUAGCAAUGUUAAAAAUAGAUUAAAGGAACAAACAUCUGCAACAACUACUACGACGACAACACCAGCAUCAAAAGCAUUGAAAAAGAACUUUAUCUCAAUGAGAGAGAAUUUAUGUAAAUGUUUGGGUAGUAUGCUUAGAGUUUACAACCAUUUCUUUGCACGUGCACAUGACUUUGUUUCAUUCUCUCAUGUAUUGGCAGAACCACUUGUCAUGGCAGAUUUUAUUUAUUCUCUCCACAGACAAUUAAACAACAAUGACACUGAUUCAAUGGAUAUUGAAAAAUACAAAGAUGACUACAGCCAAGAAUAUUUCCCAAAAAUAUUUACUUCUUUAAUUUCACAAUUAUCACUUAAAUUUAAAACUAAUAUUAAUUUAUCAAAAUCAUUUUUAAAAUCAAUAUUACAUAUUUGUUGUUUUGAACAAAAAGAAAUAUUACCAUAUGUUGAACGAUUGGUACAAGUUUUAAAGAAUAUCUUUGUUGUAGAAGACUUGGAAACAUAUAUCACCUAUUCCUAUGAAUCUAUCCUUGUACUAUCUAAAUUGGCAACCUCUUCAUUAUCAGUGUCCAAUAACCAAGACUUUGAAGUCAUUUGGAAUAUAUUUAUAACUAGUGUAAAUGAUCAAACGGUAUUCCAUCCAUUGACAAUGGACGUAAUCGAUGAAAUCGACCAAGAAUCAAUGAUAAGAUCUAAAUUUGCUCUCAUUGAAGAAUUGUGCGUCAUUAUCAAAUGUAAUCAUCGUAAUCAAGCCAAGACAACCACAGAGCUUGCAGAACCAUUAUUCAAAUAUUUAGAUGCACAUGUUGGUGUUGAAGAAAUCAUUUUCGAUAGUGAUUUGUUCCUCAGAAUGAGUGAAUUAUCACUUGUCAAAUCACUGCUAAAAUAUCAUGGCUAUGGUGAAAAUGAAACCACUCAUUUUACCAAAUGUCUCGAAUUAAUUGACAAGGCUGUCGAAUCUGUCAAAAGCAAUAGUAAUGAUGACGAUGAAUUUAUUGCAACCAUUGUUGAUCAUUCUUUAACCAUCUUAAACAAAAUACAAAAGAAAAUAUCGACCAACAAGAAUAAUAAUAUCUAUCAACAACAAGAAAAGAUAAACUCUUUACAAUCAUUAAUAUCAAAAAUUAAUAAAAACAAAUAA